UGGUCGUCCUUCUUCCCGUUGAGCUAAUCGGUUUCGGUCAAGCGCUACACCUGCUCCCCGUUUCUAAUAUUUAUCCUCAUAUAAGUACACACAACAUGGAUGAUUUUGACAUGCUGAACGCGCCCGCCGCUGGAAACGGUGUCGGCUCGGAGGAGGACCCUGCAGCCGCGUUCUUGGCCCAGCAGGAGAGCGAAAUCGCGGGGAUUGAGAACGACGAAGGAUUCAGCAUCUUGGACAGCGGAGAGGUCCCCUCUUCGCUGGGAGAGUCAAACGAUGGUGCUGUCAACGGAGAGCUUCAUGGGGAAAGCAACGGUCCAUCAGAUGCUUAUGCAGCAAUUUCCAAUGCAGACCGGCUGCAGGCCGAACCUGAAAGCCUACGCAAGUGGAGGGAGGAGCAAAGCGAGAGGCUGGAGUUGCUAGACGCCAACUCUCGCCAGCAAGAGUCAGAGUGGAAGGAGAAGGCCAAGGUUGAGCUGGAGGAGUGGCAUGCCAGGCAGAAUGAGCAGCUGGAGAAAACCAAAACCAAUAACAGGGUGCUGGAUGAAGACUUCUACAAGCAGCCCUUCUCUGAGCUCAUUGGUUAUGUCACACACAUUAACCAUCCUUGCUACCGCCUAGACCAGGCGGCUGAGGAGGCGAUGAUUUCAGAUCUGGAUGAGAACAACCCCGGCACGGAGUGGGAGCGGGUGGCUCGGCUCUGCGACUUCAACCCCAAAUCCAGCAAGCAGGCCAAAGACGUGUCCCGCAUGCGCUCCGUCCUCAUCUCCCUGAAGCAGUCCCCACUUGUCCGCUAGGCAGCCAAGGCUGGGCGUUAUUCCAUAUCAUCCUCCAUCACCACACAACAACCAACCCAACUACCGAUGUCCCAUCUGUAUUGUAAGGACAAGGGGGCUUGAACCUCAUCUGUCCAUAUCUGUUUGCCAUACACAGCCCUGUGUUUUCUCCCCAGUGGAAGGAUAUAGCCAGUGGUCCCACCCCCACCUAUCUCCUCCUGCCAGGGCUGUAGAGAUUAGCCUUGAAGCACCAGCUCACCAUUUUCUACCCCCUGAAAGGUUUUUACCUUUGUGCACCUCUUCCACAGACCAGUCAAGACCUUGUAAUUCCUCUUCCUUGUUGUUUAAAGAGAUCAGGGCCAGUUAGAUCUUCUCCGGGUCUGACGGUCUGUGGUCUUGUGUAACACUUUUGUAAGGGUGGUGAGUUGGGACACUAAAAGGGAAGGGUUGAUGUUUGUUUGGGCCGACAGCUACACUACAACCUGCUUCUCAUGGCCCCCAAAUAAUAUCAUUCCCAUCAUGCUGUACUCUCACUCUUAACCUGUCAAUCUUAUGAAUCUUUCAUUUCACCUUCAAGGGUUGAUUGAUGAUAAAUGGAUUUAUUCACUUUUUGCCCUCCAACAUAUCACCUCAUGUUUUCCCAACCUUACAAAAAAAAAUGUAUCCUCAGAGUUUUUCUUUGCUGUUUUUUUAAGGACCAAACUCUAAGACAACUCCAAAUUCAGUGUGUGUCCUUUGAACUGUGUGUGUAGAGCCUGAUUGUGGCAUGUUGUGUUAAAUUUUCCAAUCUAUGCAUUUCCUUUUGAACACCCCCCCCCCCCCCCAAACCAGGAAGUGAACAAAGUCCAGUCAUUACAAUAAAUGUCAAUAAAUGUGACCCGUUUGUAUGUGCAUUUAAACCUCAACAGUGUGCGUAUGUACUCUAUGUGUGCACCUUUGUACAUAUACAGAAGGCAAUAUAUAUACAGUAUAUAAAACAUUUAUGUCACUGAAAUUAGACAGUUGUGGUUUUAAAGAAAAGUAGAUAUCAGCCAGCUGCUGCUUGACCAUGCGUGUUCAUUGUCCCUUUGAUUUCAAUAUCAGUAAAAAGUGAAUUAAAGUGUUUAUCCUGUCA